CACAAAUCACUUUUACUUUCCAAAUAUUCAAAUAUGGCGUUUAAGUUGAAAAACACUGUCCUGUCAGAGAACUGUUCCUGUUUUUAAAUAAGUUUGUUUUAAAACCAAAAAAUGGAGUCUCCUCUCGGUAAACCCCAGUUAUGGUUAAAUCCAGUGGAAAGAGUGCGCUUUAUGUGGACCUUGCCAGAAUUUAGUAAUUUGGGGAAUUUGGAAAGUUUGCAAGUGGAAAAUAGUUUUGCAAAAUGGACGGUCACAAUGUAUCCAAAAGGAGUAGAAGAGGAAGAUAAUCGUUACAUUUCCUUGUAUCUCUGCUUAGAUUCCAGCAGCAACGAAACAAAACUAAAAGCCGAAUUCGAAUUUCGUCUGAUAAAUGCCGACAAAAAAACUGAGAGAGCAAUGAAAUUUCACCGGCCUAAAACCUUUGCCAUGGGACAAAGAAGGGGCUUCAUGAGGUUCUACACGCGCUUCGAAUUAUACAAUAGCUCCCCCGAGCUCCUACCAAACGACGUACUUACCAUAGCAGGUCAGAUUAUAAUUCACUUGGAACCUGAGUCCAACAUUUUAAAUCCAGCCAAGCCAUUAGUUGACUCGAAGAUGGUCCAGUAUUUUACUUACUUAUUCGAAAUCCAGAAAUUUACCGAUAUUACCUUUCUCAUUGGAGACAGAGAGCUUAAAGCUCAUAGACCCAUUUUGGCUUUCCAAAGCAAAGUGUUUGGAGCCAUGUUCGAAUCCGACAUGCUGGAAAAAAAUACCAACUUGGUGCUCAUAAAUGAUAUUGAAUAUGAUGUUUUCAAGGCUAUGCUAAAUUUUUUAUACACAAAUGAAGCUCCAAAUUCAGACAUGGUUAAAGAGCUUUUGAUGCCUGCGGACAAAUACGAUCUGAUUCGCUUAAAAUACAAAUGUCAAGUAGAUAUUUACGAAAAUAUGACCAUAGAAGACUCGGCAGAAGUGUUAUUUUUAGCAGAUUUGCACAACUGUCAUAUUUUAAAGGACCGCGUAUUAGAUUUUAUUGCUAUUAAUGCCUAUACCGUGGUAACUACAGAAGGAUGGAGAAGCCUGGAAACAGCUCAACCACGUCUUUUUGCCGAGGCCUAUGAAGAGAUAAGCACCAGGAUUGUUGUAUGAAAAUGUUCUUGAAAUUACCGUAAUUUAUGUCUUUAUUGUUUAUUUUAAAAUAUAUUUGUAAUUAAUCAAGGGUAAUUUUCUAUAUCAUUGUCGAAUAGUUUUGUAAUUUUAUUGUUAUAAAUUAAAUAAGA